AUUUGACAUUUUUAGCUUCCGCUUUAUUUUGCUAAAAUAUAAUUUCGUUUUAACAAUAAUAAUGAGUUUAUUAAAAUAUUGUGAUGGUUAAACACAUUACUGCAACAAGGUCGUUUAGAUAAAUUGAUUGAAGUGCGAGCUCUUCAUCAUGACAAGUGACAUGAGCACAGAAGAUGUAGUUGUCUGCAUCUCCUCUCCACAGAUGAUACCACCGGACGGUGGGGGAAGCAGCCGGGCGGCGGCGUCGUCGGCGUGCGUGGAGCUCGGGCGGCGGCUGCUGCUGGCGGCGCGCGCCGGCCACACCGAGCUCGUGCUGCAGCUCAUGGCCAAGGGCGCGCCCUUCACCACCGACUGGUUAGGCACAUCACCACUCCACCUGGCGGCCAUGAACAACCACACGGAAACCUGCGCGGUGUUGCUCCGAGCGGGGGUGUCGCGUGACUCUCGUACUAAAGUGGAGCGGACUCCUUUACACAUGGCGGCGUAUGCGGGACACGCCGAUGUUGUCACGCUGUUGUUAGAUCACGGAGCAGCUGUUGAUUGCAAAGACAUGCUGCGCAUGACGCCGCUGCACUGGGCGGCGGGGCGCGGGCAGGCGCGCGCGGCGGGCGCGCUGCUGGCGCGCGGCGCGGCGCUGGCGGCGCGCUGCAAGUUCCGCCGCACGCCGCGCCAGCUCGCGCUGGCCGCCGGACACCUCGACAUCGUGCAGAUGAUUGACGCCGAGGCCGCCAGCAGGCAGAGGAAUGAGGGGCUCAGGGUGGUAACAGAAGAGCCCCCUCGAACUAUAGUAACGACGCCGAAGCGAGUCAAAACUUCUGUGAAAGACGAGUCAAUACAACAAGAGACUAUACAGCUACCUACUAACCAAGGAUUCGCCACUAUACAUAGAAUACAAGAAAUUAAACCAAACACCAAAACGAAACAACCGGAGUCACCACCUAAAAGCGAACCAAAUACAGAGAAUAACGCAUCGGAAGAGAGUUCAGCCGCCGCGUUACUGCGCCGCCACGGCAUCACGCUGCUGCCGGCCGACCCCGGCAGCACCGUGCUCACCGCGCUGCAGAGCGGCCGCACCGUGCUGCUCUCAGACGCGGGUAAGCUAAUGCUGAAAGAGAGCAGUCCUCAGGCGUCGGUGCCCGCGUCUCCGGCCAACAACAAAGGCUACAAAGUGUUCACGUUGAACAACAAGCUGGUGUUGCCGCAGCAGGCCAACAAGAAUAUAUCUAAUGUUCAGGUGUCGCAAGUGAAGCUGGUGCAGCUGCCGGGCGGGCGCGUGGUGUCCCCGCGGAGGCCCGUCCGCGCGCCCGGCGGCCGGCUCGGCGCCACGCCCGUCAAGAUCAUCGUCAACAAAUCGCAGUCCUCAGAUUCAUCAGAACAAGCCGGGAUCAAGCACGGCGUCAUCAGCGAUGACGACGACAAGGACUCCCUGAGGAGUCAGCUGCAGGCGGCGAGGAAGGCCAUAGCGGCGCUCACGGCGGAGCUGGCGUCCUGCAAAGCGAAGCUGGCCGCCUUCGAGCAACGACACACGUAAACGUCAACAUGUGGGUGGUCGCAACGGGAAAAUAGUAAAAGAAAAAAAACUAAUGACGCAAAGGAAUGCAAGCCAAAAGUCGUAGUCUCUGCGCACCCCUCCGGGGGAGAAGCGGUUAUAUGUAUGUAUAUAGACAGAGGUGAAACUGAAAAACAAUGAAGCUGAUGAUGGAAAUUGUAUGUUUUUUUUGCGUAACCACUCACAGUAAAAGGGAUUACUUGCCAAUAAAUAAGUAUUAAUAGAAAAGGGAUGAAUGGAGUAUAUUUCACUCCAUCGAUAAGAGGCCUUAAACAAAAAGUUUUAUCCCGUAACAGACUUGUAAAAACUGCGGAAAGUAAAAUAGAUUUAGGCUUUUUCAACAUUUAAUCGUCAAAUGUAAGCCCAGAUUUCUUUUUGUAGUCAGUGAAAUAAAGAUUUACCCUAAACACUUAAUAGUGAAGUGAAUAUUGUAAAUAAUGUACUACAUAGUAGUAUUAGGUUAUGUAAAGCCUCGACUUUCAAAUUGAAGACUGUUUAUCGUUUAUUCUAAAUUGAUGCUUAUAAAACCCUGAUCAUACUAAUAUACAUAAAUGCGAAAGUAUGUUUGUCUGACGCUUACGUGUCUAACUGUUUGGUUUUGUUGAAAUUUUGUAUGAUUAUUCAAGUAAAUAAUAAGUUUGCACAAUUUUUCCUUAUAAAAAGUACUAGCUGCGCCCCGGAACUUCGCUCCCGUAGGAAUUUCGGGAUGAAAAUACUUAGUUUGGUUGUUAGUUCUAGGUUAUAAAUACUUACUACCCGUGAAAGAGUAACAAACGGACAAACUUUCGCAUUUAUUAUAUGUAAUGAUAGGAUAGCGCAACUGAAUAAUUAAAUGUGCGUACUUAUAUGACUUCUUGAAAUCAAUCUAUAUUGGUUUAGCUCUUUUUUUUUACUAUGACUGUUGGGAAAAGAAUCGGUCUAGAAUUGACUAAAUUUGUACAGACAUAGUAUAAGUUUUAAAUUCAAUGUUAUUGGUAUUUUCUGCAGUCGUGUUGUCAUUCUUAACAAAUAUAAUUUGUGAUUGCUGUGAAAUUUCGGUUAUGUGGAAUUCAGUCAUUUUUUUUAUUUUUAUAUUGUAAAAUAGUUGUAAGGUCAACAGUUAUGUUUAUCAAGUUUAACAUUUUAAGGUUGUAAAA